GAGCCGGGGCGGGACCGGCGCCGGCGCAAUUUCUGACAACUUCCGUCUCCAUCCGAAAUCUCCCGCCAUAAAGAAGGACUGUCUCCUGGUUCUAAAGUGAAGGAGGACUUUCGGCACUUCUAGAGGACUUGAGGCUGCUACCUCGGGUGGGGAUCUUAGGACACGUUUUCUCUUUACUUCCUGAAAGUAACAAAGAUGCAGUUUUCUGGAACAAAAAGAAAGAAGCUAAGUUUGGCAGGUGACCAGCGGAGUGCUCACUAUCCUCAUAGCCUUCAGUUCUACCUACAGCCUCCUUCUGAAAACAUAUCUUUGUUGGAGUUUGAAAAUCUAGCUAUUGAAAGGCUUAAAUUGCUCAAGAUAGUUGAAAAUCUUGGUGUGAGCUAUGUGAAAGGGUCCGACCAAUAUCAGAGUAAGUUGGAGACUGAGAUUCGAAAACUCAAGUUUUCCUUCAGAGAAAGUUCAGAAGAUGAAUUUGAUGCACGAAGGAGGGAUCACAUCUCUCAUUUCAUUUUGCGUCUUGCUUAUUGCCAGUCAGAGGAUCUCAGGCGCUGGUUCAUCCAACAAGAAAUGGACCUGUUUCGAUUUCGAUUCAGCAUUCUGCCUUCUGACAAGGUCCAGGGUUUCUUAAAGGAUAGCCAUCUGCAGUUUGAAACGCUUAGUGAUGAAGAAAAGCAACUCCGUUCUCAAGAUAUUAUUGAUUCAUCAGCACCUUUAAGUGGAAACAAAUAUGAAUUAGAUGCUGUUUAUAAGGUUCCUUUUGCUGAUGCUUUGGAUUUGUUCCGAGGAAGGAAAGUCUAUUUGGAGCAUGGCUUUGCAUUUGUGCCACAUCAGGAUAUUGUGUCAAUCAUCUUAAAUGACUUUAGAGCCAAACUUUCCAAGGCUUUGGCAUUAACAGCAAGGUCAUUGCCAUCUGUGCAGUCUGAUGAGCGACUACAGCCUCUUCUUAAUCACCUCAGUCAUUCCUAUGUUGGUCAAGAUUACAAUGCACAAGGAAAUAUGGGGAAAAUUUCAUUGGAUCAGCUUGAUUCUCUUGCAGUGAAAUCGUUUCCACUUUGUAUGCGUCAGUUACAUAAAGCUUUGCGAGAGCAUCAUCAUCUUAGGCAUGGUGGACGAAUGCAAUAUGGCCUUUUCCUGAAGGGCAUUGGCUUAACACUUGAGCAGGCUUUGCAGUUUUGGAAGUUAGAAUUUAUCAAAGGAAAAGUGGAUACAGACAAGUUUGACAAAGGCUAUGCUUACAACAUCCGACAUAGCUAUGGGAAGGAAGGCAAGAGGACAGACUACACACCAUUCAGCUGCAUGAAGAUCAUACUAACCAAUCCCCCGAGCCAAGGGGAUUAUCACGGGUGCCCAUUCCGCCACAGUGAUCCCGAGCUGUUGAAGCAGAGGCUCCAGUCAUCCAAGAUUUCUCAAACCGGGAUAAACCAGAUUUUAGAUUAUGUAAAAGGCACUCACUACCAGUUGGCCUGCCAGAAGUUCUUUGAUCUAACACAUAAUGUUGAAGAUGGUUUAUUUUCUUUGAAUCAUCCUAAUCAGUAUUUUUUGGAGAGCCAGAAGCUUCUCACUGGUGGCCGAGAAGUCAAGAAGGAGCCCAGCCAGUCAGAAGUUCCUCAGACCAAGCAGAGUGUCCAGAAAACUGCUAAUUCAGCUUCUUUUCCUACAGCAUCUUUAGAUUCUACUCUUGAAAUGGAUAUGGAAGGGUUGGAGGGUUACUUCAGUGAAUAAUUCUUCACUGUCUCCCUUAUUCCUCAGCCUGCAGUUCUUUCUAGGUUUUAUCAGGAUCCCCUUCCUAUUUAGUAUCAGGAGAGAGUCAUUUCCCAGUAUGGAUAUAGUUAUUUCAUUCAUAUUAGAACUUGAAAGUAUCUUUUGAUUUUUCCUUGUUUAACCUAUUAAUUUGCCACUUCUCUUUAUCUACUAAUGAAAAUAAAUACUGAAAUGUAAGUGGAGAUGAUGUGUAUGUGUAUGAGGGGGAAAAAAAGAUACUAAAGGGAAGAGCAGAUUGGAUAUUCCCACAUAAAAAAAAUGAUAUCAUAUUCCAGAAACAUCCCAACUUGCUGCUGGUUGCCAAAUACCAGGAAGGGAAGGGGUGGAAAUCAUCAGGGAAGGGCAAAUUAGUCCCAGUCCAGUAAACUGUUUCUUAUUUGGACAGUUACCAAUCCUUUUUGUUGUUAUUGUUGUUGCAUAAAAAGGGGGGGAAAUUCCUCACUGAAUGGAUUGUCAUUUUUUCUGUGUGUGUCUGUGAUUGACAGCAAAAUCUCUCAAGUGCACUAUAAGUCUGUGACUUGUAAAUGAAUGGAUAAAGGAACAAAGAAAGACCUUAUAUAUAAUUUGGCAUAGUUUUCAUUUUCAUUGUGAUGCCUCAUUACCUAAAGUAAUUAAACUUACCCAACUUUAAUUUUCA